ACAAAUUAGUCACGAAUUUUACCCAAAAGAAAAAAAAAUACAGAGGGACACUCAAAGUGAAGCAUUAUCGCUUCAUAAUCAUACAUAGAAGAUGGAGAACAACGACAAAUAAAAGUCCUCACUCUUUCCUUUGUGUCUUCUUCUAUACCAAAAUAACAGACGAACAAAACCAACCAAUAAACCUAGAACAAAUUGCAUCGCCCUUCAGCUUCAAUCUUCUUCCCCCUCCUUUCCUUGUUUCAAUUUAAUUCAGCAUUUUCAUUCAACGCGGAGUUUUUUGUUUUCUUCUUUUUUCUUGUGAUGGCUUCUACGACUGCCACGUGGUCGCCGAGCUCUCCCCAGCUUCGCUUGGCUUUGCGUUGCAGGAAUUGCAGGGAAUCACGCGCGGUUCUCGUGCGGGCACGGACAAGGAAGUUCGAUGGUCGUCGUGUUCGCCUGCUCUCUGUUGCGCGAAGCAGGAGUAAGGGACUGGCACGAUGUCGUGAUGGUGUUUCGCGGAUUGUGGCGGACUCCACCGCUGGGGCGGAUGAUUUUUCCGGAUGGUUCGAUUCGGAGAAAGUUGAAGAUUCCAUUGACUCGAAAAGGAAUGGAUGGUUUGGAGGAAUUAUGGGAGCCGUAUCAGCUGGACUUGUUCUGGUAGCAGGGAUUUCCUUUGCAGCAAUGUCCCUAAGUAAUCAAAGUGCUUUUACAGGGCCAAAACAGCAGUUGGAUCCCUUAACAGCUCAACAGGGAGUUUCAUUGGCCUCUGAUAAUGAGAUUGAUAAAGUUGAUGAGAUUGAAAGUGAGACAGGUAUAUAUAAGGGUCUUUCAUCACCUUCAGAAUUUAAUGGCACUUCUACUGAUAGUUUACUUGAUAAUGAUAAUGGGACCUACUUAGUAGAUAGUUACAUAUCGAAUGCCAAUAGUGCCACUAAAACUGUUCCAAUUCAACAAUACUUGCAAAAUAUUUCAGCUUUGGAUGGAAUGUUAGUUGACCCGGACAUAACUCCAAUAUCACCUAAAUUGCCUGAGUUUGAAGUUGUAGGUGGCUUUUUUGUUGCAUCAAGCCUUAGAGAAUCGGAUAGCAACCUUGAUAUUGAUUUACCUGAAUCAACUUCAGAAAUUGAAUACAAAUUGAUUAAUGUCAGAGAAACUACUGAUACUAACUUGUCUGACCCAAUAAACCUAGAAAAUGAUCUCAAUGAUGGAAAGCUUGGAUCAGAAGGAAAAGAGAAUUCCAAUAUCUCAGUAGAUUCUUCUUCUAGUUCCAGUUCAGCCAAUGAGCCUGUGACUGCAGGCUUCUCAGUUAAUUCAGAGUUAGAACCAAUUGUAGAACCUCGGUCUGUACCCAAAGACAAUCUGGAAACCAUAGAAUCAUCUCCAUCUGAAGAAAUCCUUGAGAGUAGAAAAAUGUUGCAGUUCUCAGUUGAAAUAACGAACUCAUCUCUGGAAGUGAACAACUUAAAUGUGAAUGAGUCAUCUGAAACACCCUUUGUGUCAGCACCAGUUCAUCCAUUAACAAAUGAACAAAGCAAAAUUGAUUCUAAAGAGAUAAAUGGUAGUAAACCAGUUUUUGAAUCUCCAAUUCCUUGGAAUUCCUUCUCCCCUGCUGGGAUACCUGCUCCAUCUGUAGUUUCUGCAGCUCUACAGGUGCAUCCAGGGAAAGUUCUGGUCCCUGUAGUUGUUGAUCAGGUUCAGGGGCAGGCAUUUGCAGCCCUUCAAGUUUUGAAGGUUAUUGAGGCUGAUGCUCAACCUAGUGAUUUAUGUACACGUCGUGAGUAUGUUCGGUGGUUAGUGUCUGCAAACAGUGUUCUUUCGAGGAAUACAGUGUCAAAAGUUUAUCCUGCAAUGUAUAUUGAGAAUAUUACUGAACUUGCAUUUGAUGACAUCACACUAGAAGACCCUGAUUUUUCAUCCAUACAAGGCUUAGCAGAGGCUGGACUUAUCUCAAGCAAGCUUUCAAAUCAAGAUCUGCUUAAUGACGAUCUAGGCCCAUUUUACUUUUCUCCUGAAAGCCCUUUAUCACGCCAGCAUCUUGUAAGUUGGAAAAUGGCCCUAGAGAAAAGACAACUCCCAGAAGCUGACAGCAAGAUCCUCUACCAAAUUUCUGGUUUUAUAGACAUAGAUAAGAUAAGUCCAGAUGCAUGGCCUGCACUUGUGGCUGAUUUGUCUGCUGGAGAACAAGGAAUAAUAGCACUAGCUUUUGGUUGUACAAGACUGUUCCAGCCAAAUAAGCCUGUGACAAAAGCUCAAGCUGCUGUCGCUCUUGCAACUGGUGAAGCUUCUGACCUUGUAAGUGAGGAGCUUGCACGUAUUGAGGCAGAAUCUAUGGCAGAAAAUGCAGUAUCUGCUCAUAAUGCUUUAGUAGCUCAAGUUGAGAAAGAUGUUAAUGCUAGUUUUGAGAAAGUGCUUUUGAUGGAAAGGGAAAAGAUUGAUGCUGUGGAAAAAAUGGCCGAAGAGGUAAGGCGUGAGAUGGAAAGGUUAAGAGCUGAGAGAGAGGAAGAGAAUAUUGCCUUAAUGAAGGAUCGUGCUACUAUGGAUUCAGAAAUGGAAGUUCUUUCAAGGUUAAGGCAUGAGGUGGAGGAGCAGCUGGAAUGCCUGAUGAGUAAGAAGGUAGAGAUAUCAUAUGAGAAAGAAAGGAUUAGCAAACUACUAAAAGAAACAGAAGAUGGAAGCCAGGAGAUUGUCAGGUUGCAACAUGAGCUGGAGGUAGAGAGAAAAGCCUUAUCCAUGGCCAGAGCUUGGGCUGAGGAUGAGGCAACAAGAGCAAGUGAACAGGCAAAAGCCCUGGAGGAGGCUAGAGAUCGCUGGGAGAGGCAAGGAAUCAAAGUGGUUGUUGACAAUGACCUCCGUGAAGAGAGUGUUGCAGGAGUUACAUGGGUAAAUGUAGGGAAGCAAGUUGCAGUCGAAGGAUCUAUUAGCAGGGGUGAAACUUUGGUGCGGAAGCUCAAGGUAUUGGCAAGUGAAGUACAAGGAAAAUCUAGAGAGUUCAUCAAUAAGAUUGUCCAAAGGAUCCAGUACUUGAUAUCGGUGUUGAAGGAGUGGGCCUCCAAGGCAGCUGCAAAUGCAGAAGAAUUGAAAGAUGGGAUGAUGUUGAAGGCAAGGGGAUCAGUACAAGAGUUGCAACAAAGCACGGCAGGAUUUGGUUCGACCCUUAGAGAAGGUGCAAAACGGGUUGCCGGAGAUUGUCGAGAAGCAGUUGAGAAACUCACUCAGAGUUUCAGAACAUAGCCCUCCCGCAUGAUUACGUUUUUCCCUUUCUUGGGCACCAAUAAACAAAUUUCGCAGUUGAGAAGUAUGUAAUUUGUCUGACCUCUGGUCAAUUCAUAUUAGGAAUCACCGAGCUAUCAAUUCAAUGAUGUUAGUCAAAGCAAGUGUACUAACUAUAAAUUGAUGAAAUUGCUGCUGCUCUUCUGCUCUCUCUUCUUAUCUGCCAGCGGUCCUGUU